UUCAAUUCUUACACCAACUGCUUCUCCCUGCAGCACCCGUACGUCUAUGCAGUGCUGGUUUUUGAAGCCAUGGCCACCUUCGUCGGUCAGAUCUCCGUUUUAUCUCUCAUCGCCAUUUUCGGCGCAGCAACCACAGCCAUGGUAACAACUGCAAGGAAAGCAGUAACUCUUCUCCUCUCGUAUUUGAUAUUCACGAAGCCUAUGACGGAGCAGCACUGCACAGGGCUUUUGCUCAUCUCCAUGGGCAUUAUUUUGAAGCUUCUGCCUGAGUAUAAGGAAAAGAACUAUGUUCCUCAGAAGCCAAAGCAGCGGCUGGAGGAAGAAGAAGGGAUGGAGGAGAAAGAAGAGAAAAUGGCUUUGGUUUGAAAUUGAGAGAGGGAGAAGGAAGGAUUUGUGAGCGGAUAUUUGUUUUGUUUGAAGAAUCUGGAGGAGGAUUCUGAAGGUGGCUUCUUUGUUUCUGGUUUGGGUUCAUUCAUUGGCCUUUUUUUGUGUGAGCUUCAUUAUUUUUUUUAAAUAUUUCUUCUUCAUGUUGUUUUAAAAGGAAAGAUAUAAUGCUGGGAAAACAUUCACAGUUUGAUAUAGAUGUAAUAGCUCAGUGAUG